AUUUGAUUUCUCUAAGGACGAAUGGGUAGAGUAAAUUAUCAUACAGGGCUCAUAAACAUUGCUGAGGAAACUCACCAGGUUUAACCGCCUCAAGUCUAUGUGCGCGCUACAGAUCUGCACCUGGGGAUCCUUAAUUGGAGUUGCUCCGGCAAGGACUGUGCAUUGGCACUACCCCAGUAUCUCGUAAUUAGAUUUCAAGAAAGCCCUUUAAUAAGUAUAUUCAAGCAAAGUUCCAGUGAAAUUCUCUCAUCAAACACUAUUCUUUUACCUGCGAAUCUGAAGGAGACCAGAAGUACAAUUAUAGUAAUGGCUGACUCCACCGCCAGUAUAAAGUCCAUAUAUAGCGGGAAGGGUGGUUUAUCCGACGAGGAUUUUGAGGAUUUGUCGGGCGUCUCGCUGGUUCCAUUCAGUUUGAGUGAGAAGCAGAUCUCCAAUAACUUCCAGCAAGCUGUGCGAGAGGCCAGUACUGACUUUAAGAAGUCUCAAGACAAUUUUGCAGCCUUGAACGCGGACCAAACUUCCAAUCCUGAUAUCACAGAACCUCGGUCCCAUCAUUUGACUGAAGUUUCUGCAAGAAAUUUUGGGAGGCACUUGGAUCUGGAAGCUAUUGAUGGUUCGGAUUUCAAGGCGUGGAAUGUGAGUCCUCCUGAAUGGUACGUGAAUCAUGUCACGAGCACCAACGUAUCCUUAGCAUCCUUAUUCAGCGGCCAACAGCUGGGAACAAGGUCACCUAGCAGAGCAGAAUAUUCAGAGGCAGAUUACUCUCCAAGUGAGUCUCAUUCACGGCCGCUUUCGCGGAAUUCCAAUAACUCCGCCUUUUCUACCAUCGCCACCAAAGAUGGCAUAGAAGGAAAAAGGCCGUACAAAAUGGGUCUGAAACCUCUCCUCGAGACAGUGUUGGCUAACAAAAACCAACAGUUGUUGUCAAAUGUACAGAAUCAGCAGAGUCAGCAAACCCAGCAGGAUAGCAGCAAUUAUCACAAUGCUUCCAACUCAGAGAAAUCACCGCCUUUGAGAAAAGCAACAGGAGCGGAUUCUGUUCUUGAAAGCGAAGAGUCCAACCUCCGGACACAUCUAGAUGGAGUAGAAUAUCUUCCAAUCACCAUAGACGAGAAGAUUGAGCUUAUGAAUCGGGACUCAAUGCCGCGAAAGUGAAUAGCGUUUUCAAUAAGCCAAGUGGAUAUGUCGUUUGAGUAAGACAGUACAGGUAUUGAGUUUUCGAAGAUUUAGCUAAUUGCGAUCUUGUGCUUUGAUUGAGCUCAUGGGUGUUAGUUUUGUCCUGUGGAAGAUCAGGCUGGUAUGACACCGAUUGGAGUACUUUGCUGUUGGAAGUGUAUAAAUAAUUGUCAGAUUGAAGACUGUGCUCCGGGAAAAGAAUCUGCUGUUUGUCUUACAUCUAGAUAGGCAUGUGCUCGAAUUGGUAAAUCAAAACUACACCAGAAACUUAAUC